GCCGCUCGCAGUCUCGCACACAUUGCCCAUUCCCUCUGUUACUGUUUUCGUCAGUCGACGCACAGCAUCGGAGCAGCGUAGGUUAUAUCUUAUUAGAGAUCCCCGGAUUCACUAUUCUCAACGAUGGCGGCACCACAGCCAGCUCCACAGGAGAUUGAAAGGAAGAACAUCGACGUGUCGCCACUCACGAAAGCGAACGUGUCCGUCAUCUUCGUUGUAGGAGGGCCCGGCUCCGGUAAGGGCACGCAGUGCGAGCGCAUCGUUAACAAGUAUGGCUUCACUCAUCUAUCCUCGGGAGACCUGCUGAGAGCCGAGGUGCAGUCCGGCUCGUCACGUGGCAAACAGCUAACGUCCAUCAUGGAGCGCGGAGAACUCGUGCCGCUGCAGGUCGUACCGUUGACCUGGCUGAAAGGGAGGGCGAAUUGUGAGAAGGCCAAGGCUGGCACAAAGGGCUUCCCUAUCAUCGAUAGUUACCUCCAGGGAGGUGUUCAGGAGUGA